UGAUCUUUUUAACAAAAAAAUUAAACUACAGACAGAUAAAAAAGGUCCAACUUGAUUUAUGACAUCCACAAAAAAACAAAAAACAACAUUGUCAAAUUUAUUACAGAAUCAUGUGUCACAUGAGUAAUCUAUGAAACAAAGUACUAGUUGUUUUUCCUCAGAUUCUGAACCAAGAUUCUUGAUUUUUAUGAUAAGAAAAAAAAAGACACUGAAAGUGUAAAGAGGAUAAAUGGAGAUGCAAUCAUGGUCAACUGAUUUCUUGCCAUUUUUGGCAAUGGUGAUUGUGGAAUGCGGUGAAAUGGGGAUGAUUACACUUGGUAAAGCUGCUAUGAAUGAUGGACUCAACAAUCUUGUUUAUGUUGUUUACUAUAAUGCCCUUGGUACCCUUUUUCUUCUUCCUUUCUUAAUCUUCCAUAGGUGCAGCAGAAGCAAUAUGGCUCCUAUUACCUUGUCUAUAUUGUGGAGAUUCUUCCUUCUUGGCCUGUUGGGAAUUUGUUUCCUGCAGGCAAUGGCUUUUACAGGUAUUAAAUACAGCUCUCCUACUCUAGCAGCUGCUUUAGGGAAUUUGAUGCCUGGUUUUACAUUUUUGCUUGCCAUCAUUUUCAGAAUGGAGAAGUUAGAUAUAAGAAAGGCCAGCAGUCAAGCAAAAUCUGUAGGCACUGUAGUGGCAAUUGUAGGGGCAUCCAUCAUGACUCUAUACAAAGGACCAAGAGUAUUAGGAUCAAAUUUUCCUUCUGAUUCAUCUUAUCACUCUUUAGUACUUUCACAAGAAUCAAAUUGGAUACUCGGAGCUCUUCUGAUAAUCACCACCUGCAUCAUGUCUGCUGGAUGGAACAUUCUUCAGACAGAUACAGUGAAGAAGUACCCUGAACAUAUGACAAUAGUGUUCUUUACUUGCUUGUUUGGGAGUAUUCAAAUUGCAACUUUAACUCUGGCAUUAGAAAGCAAUCCAAAGGCAUGGAUGGUGAAGCCUGGGAUUGAGAUAAUAGCCAUUGUUUUUUCAGGAGUUUCAGGAAAUGUCUUUCGUUACAACGUUUUGACAUGGUGCUUGGAUAAGAAAGGUCCUCUUUACGUAGCCAUGUACAAGCCUUUGGGAAUGGUCAUAGCAGCAAUUAUGGGGAUCAUUUUCCUUGGAGAUUCACUCCAUUUAGGAAGUGUUAUCGGAGCAGUUGUCAUAUCUGCUGGAUUUUAUUCCGUGCUGUGGGGAAAGGCUAAAGAGAUCAAGUCCAUGGUUGAAGUUGAGGACAUUGUUUGUGUAAUUGACUCAUCAAACCAAAGAAGCCCUCUUUUGCACAAGUAAAUUACAACAAAAAAAACAUCAAGUAUUAAUUGAAUGCUUGACUUAAGAUGAACAAGAAAAAUGCUGAGUGGCCGAGGCAUCUGAUAAAGGAGACACAAGUUAGCCGGGGUAGACAAGUAACUAAAACAGAAACGGAAUCAGGCUUUAAACUUGAUACUGUCAAUCUUAACGUAUGUUUCUACUCAACUUCAACUUGUCAGUUUUUGAACUGUAUAUUUGUUUAAUAUUUAGCUUUUCACGUAUA